GAUUCAAAGGUGUGUAUAUAUAUCACCCAUCUACCCAUUGUACUAUACAUUUGUUAGGCCGCAAUUCAACUUGCAUACCAGAUACUGAGUCACCUAAGGCAACCACCGGCAUUCAGCUUAUUCUUCCCACUUGUAACUCGCUCAUAUAACAUUCACGAUGAUAUCCACCCAUCAGUUCAUCACGACGGAGCUGCCGUGGCUUAUUAUCGCUAUUGGCCUUGGCUGCGUUGGGAUAACAUUCUCUAUCCUGGGGAUUGCUUAUCGUCUGCUCUUCCAUCCACUAGCAUCAUACCCGGGCCCAUUCCUCGCAAAAUGCACUUCUUGGUACGCAGCCUAUCAAUCAUAUACAGGCAACAUCCACCUGGACAUCGCAAGGUGCCACGAAAAAUAUGGCGAUGUUGUACGAUAUCGGCCUGAUGGUCUGCUAGUGAACACUGUUGAGGGAUUGCAAGAUGCCUAUAUAAACCCUUCCAAGACUCAGAAAUCAGAAGGCUACUUCAGCUUCCGGGAAAACGGCGCCAUCAGUAUCCUCAACGCAAUGACGAAAGAAGAGCAUGCACCUAGAAGAAGGAUUCUAAGCCGUGCGUUUUCUGUGGCUGCGCUGCAGAAAUAUGAGCCGGUAAUCAUCAGAACGGCUAAAGCUUUCUGCGACUCUCUGUUACAGCAUACUAUAGACAGUGUGAAGGACACUCAAGGGAAGCCCGUGCAUAACAUAGGACAACUGAGCUCAUAUUUCACAUACGAUGUCAUGUCCAAUGUUGCUUUUCAUAGUCCACAGGACUUGAUACAGCAGACACACGGACGUUCUAUCAUCAAAGGUAUCAACAGUGCAAUGUUCAUAAACGGCAUGUCACUAGAGCAACCCUUGCUUGUCAGGUUUCCUUUGUUGAAUUUAAUGCUCAACAAACGCCACAUAAGAGAAUCUCAAGCCUUUUUCAACAGAGCAAAGGGAUUUGCCGCACAAAGAAUCGCUCUCGAGCAAGAAACCCACAUUGACGAUAUCUUUGGUACCCUUUUAACAGAUGAAAAAGCGAGUCAGAUUCUUUCGCCUGGAGACCUUGCUUCCGAUGCCAUUGUCAUCAUGAUAGCAGGUACGGACACCUCUUCCGUCGCUCUUUCAGGUUGCUUGUUCUACCUUACUCGACAUCCCAACGCGUACAAAAAGCUCGCCACCGAGAUCCGGAAUACCUUUCAAGAUGCAGAAGAGAUACGUUCUGGUCCAAAACUUAACAGUUGCACAUACCUUCGAGCAUGCAUCGACGAGUCAAUGCGCCUCGCUCCGCCAGUCGCCGCCCCUUUGUGGAGGGAAAUGAGACAAAAGGACCAGAUCGCCGGCAUGGUCCUCCCCAAAGGAACGAAUGUUGCGACAUGCAUAUACUCAAUCCAUCGCAAUCCCGCCUACUUUACGAAUGCAAACGAGUUUAUGCCAGAACGCUGGCUAGAGAACUCUGGAAGCGAUCCCCAAGCAGACCUUGCGAAGAGAGCAUUUUCGCCCUUCUCCGUAGGUUCUCGUGGUUGUAUUGGCAAGAGCCUAGCAUACAUGGAGAUGACUAUCUUACUAGCUUUGCUCAUGUACAAAGCAGACUGGGAGAUGCCAGAGGGCGUGCUAGGAAGGGUUGGAGAGUCUGAUGCAGACAAAGGGCUCGUGGAUUUUAAGCUUAAGGGUCAUUUCACCAGUGAGAAGGAUGGGCCGUACGUUAGAUUUGUACCCAGACUUCGUAAAUAGAACAGAAGCCUUCGUCACUGACCACAAGCGGCGCUGCAGACACCGCUGAGCAUGCGCAUGAUGCGCAAUCGAAGCUAAGGUACCCAACGGGUGAGAGAAUUAUUUAGCUUUCACUAGAGAAAAUCAGUAAUCUAAGGCUCUAUAUUUUUAGUAGUUAGUAUUUCUAUCUAUCUUAACGUACCUCACGGGCGAGCCGGUCACUUUUGUCAAGUCCUACAAACACUACAACUACUUUGCAACACUACAGUAUAAACUAAAUUCCUACUGUAGGAUACAGUAUAUUCAGUUACUCUACAGUACCUAACUUAUUAUUCUUGCA